GAUUGUUUCAAAUGUGUUUGAAAGUUUAAUCCGUGUAGUUUAAUGUUGAAUGAAGGUUAAAAAAUAACUUUGGAAUCAGAAAACUAAAAAAAUAUACAACUUUUUUUCAAAAUAAGUUUUAAGUGAAUAAAAAAAAUUUUGUGAUUCGGUGAAAAAUUAAAAAAAAAAGAUGACUUCAAAACAAGAGUGUAAUUCUAAUAUCUCGCCAGAAUCGUGUUUGGCGUUGAUUCGAAAAUCACUAAAAUCGAAAAAUAUGGACAGUGAAGGAGGACAUUUUGAUGGAAAUAUGCCACAUUUAUUUGUUGUAUUAGGUGCAUCGGGUGAUCUAGCAAAAAAGAAAAUUUAUCCAACGUUAUGGUGGUUAUUCCGAGAUAAUUUAUUGCCAACCGAAACAGUUUUUUAUGGAUAUGCACGAAGUAAGUUGACUAUCGAUGAACUGAAACAGCAAUGUCAUCAAUAUAUGAAGGUAAAACCAGAAGAAGAAGAAAGAUACGAACAAUUUUGGAACUUAAAUCAGUAUUUUGCGGGUCAAUAUGAUUCAAGAAAAGAUUUUGAAAUGUUAAAUCAAGAAUUAUUGGUACAUGAACGAGGCGUUCCAAAAGCGAAUCGAUUAUUUUAUUUAGCAUUACCGCCAUCAGUGUUUGAACCGGUUACAGUACACAUUAAAAAUGCCUGUAUGGGACAAAAGGGUUGGACACGAAUUAUAAUAGAAAAACCAUUUGGCAGAGAUGCAGCUACAUCCGCAAAACUUUCCGAUCAUUUAGCAUCAUUAUUCUCAGAAGAACAAAUUUAUCGUAUCGAUCAUUAUUUAGGCAAAGAAAUGGUACAAAACUUAAUGACCUUACGAUUCAGUAAUCGUAUAUUUGGUCCAACAUGGAAUCGUGAUAAUAUUGCAUCAGUACAAAUUACAUUUAAGGAACCAUUUGGCACACAUGGCCGUGGUGGAUAUUUCGAUACAUUCGGUAUAAUUCGAGAUGUUAUGCAAAAUCAUUUACUGCAAAUAUUAAGUUUAGUUGCGAUGGAAAAGCCAGCAACUGUACAUCCAGAUGAUAUUCGAAAUGAAAAGGUAAAAGUUCUUCGUAGUAUCAGAGAAUUGACUCAAGAUGAUGUCAUUAUAGGACAAUAUGUAGGCGAUCCAGAAGGAACAGGUGAAGCGAAAUAUGGUUACUUAGACGAUGAGACUGUUGUAAAUAAAGAUUCAGUAACUCCUACUUAUGCAUUGGCUGUCUUGAAUAUAAACAAUGAACGAUGGGAUGGUGUUCCAUUUAUCUUACGAUGUGGAAAAGCCUUAAAUGAACGUAAAGCCGAAGUAAGAAUUCAAUACCGUGAUGUACCUGGUGAUAUUUUCGAAGGUAAACCAAAACGUAAUGAAUUAGUAAUUCGAGUACAACCUGGUGAGGCACUUUACUUGAAACUUAUGUGCAAAACACCUGGUAUGACAUUCGACAUGGAAGAAACGGAAUUAGAUCUCACAUACGGCUCUCGCUAUAAGGAUGCAAAAUUACCCGAUGCUUACGAACGUUUAAUUUUAGACGUAUUUUGUGGUUCCCAAAUGCAUUUUGUACGAUCUGAUGAAUUACGUGAAGCAUGGCGAAUUUUCACACCUUUGUUACAUGACAUUGAAGAAAGUAAAAUUAAACCAACGCAAUACAAAUACGGAUCACGUGGACCUCCUGAAGCAGAUCAAUUUUUACGUGAACAUAAUUAUAUAUACUCAGGAUCUUAUAAAUGGAUUCAACCAUCACAUUUAUAAAAUUCCAAUCAUCAAAACAUUCCUAUAGUGAUGGAUUCAUGGAGACGAGACGGAUGGCAGUCAGUUGGAACUCUCAAAAAAAAAGUACUUACGUAGAUAUCUAGAAUUGUGAAUACUUCAAAAGUGCAAUUCUAGUUUUAAAGCAAAAAAUUCCAAGUUCCAAGUUAAAAGCUUAGAAAAUAUACAACUCGAAGUUUUACCCUCUACAUUUCAAUAUCAGUAGCAUAAUUUAAUAAUGCCCAAGAAUCUAGAAAACACGAAUUUUACAGAAUUUUUGCAGGGUAUUUUUCAUUUUCAAAUCGAAAAUUUGAAAGCUUCGGAAGUUCAUAGUUAUAGUAUAGAAUUAUAUUAGUUAUGUCUGUAGGAAAUAAUGUUUCGCUAAUUAUGAUAUUAUGUGAAAUUGUCAGAAAGUCUAAACGAUACGGAUUGUAUAGUAUGGGCUCAGUUCGAUUGAGACGUAACGCAACCAAAUCGGUGACAAUGGGUGACAAAUAAAGUUCCAUUUUCGGUGAUAUUUUUAUAUAUGUGUUAACUAGCUCGACCCUUAUGGAAUUCCGCAGUGCGGUAAUCGUGGCAAAAACAGGCUAGAGAAGUAAUAUAUAACCGAUAAUUUACUUUCUUUUAUUUACAGGCAAUUUUAUUACAGAUAUGAUAUAUAAAUUACAUAAUGAACAAACAAAAAUCUUUAUAUUAUUUCUCUAGCCUGUUUUUUCCUAGGCGAUACAUUUUUAGAAGUCUAUUUCGCGUGGACAGGGAAAAACAUACUAGUGAAAUAAUAUACAAGAUGUUGGUGUUUUUUCCAGAGUGUCAUGUAUUGUGGACAAAUGACAAGUGAAAACAUCCCGAUUAACAAAAAUGACGAAAUAUUUCAUCGAUGAAGGUGUAUGAAUGAGAGGUUUUUCAUUUCAAAUGAUAUUUUUUAUUGAACAUUACAUUAUAAUUGCUCAAAUUUUGAAUAUACAUUUUAAUUAAUAAAUUUUCGGCAUAUUUUCUCACUAAUCUCUGGCAUAUUUUCUCACUAAAUUCUCACUAAUUUAAUUUCCCCCAGUCCUACGCACAGAUAAUAUUAUUCACCUCUGUAGGUACUUUUUGUAAUUUUCUUUGCUGAAAAUAUUAUUAUUAUUAGAUCAUCUAUAGUUUUAGAAUCAUUAGCGUAAAAAUUUGCCUAUUUCAAAAUUAUCAAGAAAAUAUUAUUAGAAGUCCGCAAACGAGCAAAAUUUGUCCAUUUGUUUUGCCACAAAUUAUAAACCUUAAGUUUGUGUCCAGUGACUUUUUCGUAGGAAAAAUUUUCCGUAAUAUUUUUUGAAUUAAAAAUAAAAAUUUUAAAUGAAGAGCUAAUUACGAAAUUUUAUUAAAACUGUUAGAGGGCAAUACUUAAAAUACAUCAAAAUUAAAAUUUCCUUUGAAAUAAAAACAACAUGGGUUUGUUUUACAAUUUUUAUUACUAAAAAAAAUUAUCUAUUUGCUAAGAUAAAUGUCAUAAGCUAUUAAAAAUUCUUAAACGCAAUCAUAAUAAUUAUGUCGUUACAACCAUAAGAAGAGAAUUUUGAAGAAUAUUGGCAAAAAAUCACACAAUUAGACAAAUCUUAACGUCGAAUCAGUGGCGUAGCUCGCCUUGGAAGGACAGUGUAUCAAAAUUAGUUGGGGGAUGGCACAAAUGGAGCUUCGGGCACCCUUUGGUUUUAAAAUAAGAUAGGGGUGCAUUUAUAUGCUGCUGUGAGCUCACAUGGUAAAAUAUACAUUGUAAAAAAUUAGCCCGGAGGCCCCGUAUCAUUGAUACGACGGUAGUUACGUCCCUGCAUCGAAUACAAUUAAUAAAGAAAUAUCGAACGAUUGUUUUCUACAAAUUUAUGCAUUAUGUGUAGCAUUCCCCGCAUCACAUGUACACCGUUUAUACAUCAUAACAAAAAAUUUUCUAAAAAAAUAUAGAUAAAAUUAACGACAAUAAUAAUAAUAAUAAGAUAAAAGAAGGGUACCGCAAGUGGGUCUCUAGCACCUAGACCAAGAUGCCUCUGUGCCCUCUUUGAGAACGACCUAUCACCCGAACUCGAGGCGUCUUCGGGUAAUUUACGACAAAAAAUUAUACCAAAAAUCAAUGAGCACUUAUUAUUUCACUAUUGCACAAAAUAGGUGAAAUUUAAUGAAGUUAUAAAACUUUUGUUGAGGAUUUGAAGUAAAAAUAUCCCCAAAGAAAAAAGACAAUAGACGUUAAAUUGUAAGAUCUAGGGGAUCAAUUAACGCCUACUUUAAGAGAUAUUAUACGAUUGCACGUUCAAAUAUAAAAUAUUUUGUCAUUUUCGUUAACCGAAAUGUUUCACUUGUCAAAAUAGAGGACGUAGUACAAAACGCCAAAAAGGUAGCACAUUCAAAAUAUGGAACUUCUUUUACAAUCAGUAUAGAAUCAUAUAAACAAACAGGGCGGUAGUGGUUAUCAUAAAAUCCAAUGACAUUGUUCCGAAGAACCUAUAGGAAACUAUUUAUGUAUUUAGGUAGCUGCUUCAAGUUGUAUAUUUUAUAACGUUGAAACUAAAGAAAAAAAGACACGUAAAAGCCUUAAUUCUCAUUUGUAUUCAGUCCUUUUUAAAUUCAUCACUGAUAUAAUUCAUUCCAUUAAUACUCUUUUUAAGAAGCAUUUCAUUUGCAUAUCUUUCUUUUAAGUUUUUUUAAUUUUUAAAGAAAAUACUCUGGUUUUUAUGAAUGUUUUUUGAUAACGGUAUGAAAUAUUUUGAAAAAAAACCAUAUAAUUGAAGAAAACACAAAAAUUUGAGGUAUUGUAGGUUUGUGUAACCCAAAUCACUUAAACUUGACCUCACAUUUUUUUUUUAUUCGAACGAUUAUACUUAAGAAAGUACGAGCACCAAAACAAUUUUAAAUAAAGAGCUUGAUUCAUUUUUAUAUGAAGUUGGACUAAGUUUAAAUCAAUUCUGAAAAUUUUAGGAAGGGGGUGGUGUUGUUUGUGCGUUUAUUUUAAUGAAUAAAGACUUCGAAAGUAGGAAUAUUUAACAUUGAUCAUAUGGGAAAACGAUAAAUGGAUAAUAUGUUUUCAUAGAUUUCUCCAAAACUAGUUGGUGGAAA